CUAACCAACGUCGCAAUGACGUCGCCUACAUCUUGAUCAGGGAGAAGCAGUUACUGCAUAUCUUCAUACUGUCUUUGGUAGGAACGACGCAGAUGGCUGAGUAGCUAGUUACAGUAGCAAAAUUAGCCAACAAAAUAACACAAUCACUGGUACAAGUGACACCUAACGUUGAUCUCGACAGUUUCAGGGAUAAACCAGAGUCAAGAAGAUGGCUGACACAGAGCAAACAAGUGCUCCUCCUCCCCCUCAAUUAGGGACAGUGCAAUUCAUGUUGGCUAACAAACUAGAGACGGCAAUGUGGCUCUCGCGGCUCUUCACCGUCUAUUGCUCAGUAAUGUUCAUUCUACCUCUCUUAGGACCUCAGGCGGCUGCCAAUUUCUAUCAGCGUGCGCUGCUGGCCAACGCACUCACCAGUGCUCUGCGGCUACACCAGCGGCUUCCUCACUUCCAGCUCAGCAGAGCCUUCCUAGCCCAGGCACUCCAAGAGGACAGCUGUCACUACCUGCUAUACUCCCUCAUCCUGGUCAACUCUUACCCCAUUACAAUGAGCAUAUUCCCAGUCUUCCUCUUCUCAUUGCUUCAUGCAACCACCUACACAAAGAAGGUUCUUGACGCAAUGGGCCCCAAUAGCCUUCUCUUCAUGAGGAACUUCCUCAACAAGCUCUCGGCCAACCAGCAGAACAUCCUGAAGUUCAUCGCCUGCAAUGAGAUCUUCCUCAUGCCAGCCACCAUAUUCAUGCUCUUCAGUGGCCAGGGAAGCUUGCUGCAGCCUUUCAUUUACUACAGGUUUCUAACUCUCCGCUAUACAUCAAGGAGAAACCCAUAUUGCCGCACCCUAUUCUCAGAGCUGCGGAUACUGCUGGAACAUUUCGUCAUGAAGCCCGCCUGCCCUGCCUUCUUCAGAAAGAUGUGCCUCAACAGUAUCUCCUUUAUGAGCCGCCUGGCCCCCACCGCAGUGUGACCUUACUUCCUGUUCCCACACAACCAUAGUUUGUACUGUAAGGGGCGUGGCAGCAUUUCAACUCGAGCGGGAUGGACGAACAACAACUUUGAGAGCAAGGGAAAAAACAUUUUGAAUGUUAGUCUGGUCUGUCUUCCUGCUGCUCUGUUCAUACGCUACAGCGGAGGCUGAGGCUCGGACUGCGACGCACUGAAAACUGAUUGUUUUCAAUAUGGCUUUAUGGAACAGCCGAACACUCACUCCCCCUUUUCUCUCUCGCUCUCUUUGGGAAUAAACACCAGCUGACUAUUUGAUGUGUUCUACUUCUAAGGAUUGACCUUGUGAUGGUUAAAUGUCUUUGUCAUGGAAAAUACUUGCUCUUAUCUUUAAAUAAAAUACUAAAUUCUGAGAUUAGAUAGUUAAAUUGUA